AUGGCUUCAGGAGUAGAGCCUUACAGUCUGGACCUGACUUUAGGACCCCUUUUGCUAGGCGUCAUCUUCAAUGUGUUUUUGCUUGGGAUGAUGUGGGUACAGACUUACGUGUACCUUAACUCUAAAGAAAGGGGCGCGUCGUGGAUCAAGUAUAUGGUCGUCUUCCUUUUCGUGGUUGACAAUGUCAACUCUGGGAUGGAUGUGGCUAUGAUAUAUGACUACACCAUCAAAGACUUCGGGAACGUCACUAAGAUCCAGUUUACGAACGCCAUGUUCAACGCCGAACCUGUGACAACAGGCAUUAUCGCAUCUGUCGUGCAUUGUUUCUAUGCAUGGAGAAUCACGGUUCUAACUGGACGACUCUGGCUUGGUAUUGUUAUUAUUGCCACGUCUCUCACGUCAAGCCUCUGUGCAAUAGGCGCCUCUAUUGGUAUAACCAUCCUCAAAUCUAAGUUCUCUGGGUUGCAACAGGUCGAACGAGUGGUGAUCGUCUGGCUGGCCGGGGCCGCUGUGACGGAUGUAAUUAUUACUGCGGGAUUGGUCUGGCACUUGCACAGACAGAAAACCAUCUUUCCUGAGACAGAAGAUCUGCUCACGAAACUUAUGCGCGUGGCCAUUCCUACGGGUAUGAUCACUUCCGUAGUAGCUACACUGAACCUAAUCUUGUAUCUCACGACGAAGACCUCUAUCCCUCUGAUAUUCAAUCUGCCCUUGGCAAAAUUGUACACAAACUGUGUUCUGUCAUCACUUAAUGCGCGGAAGUUCUGGUUCUCGAGCCCGAGUGAAGAAGCUUCAUCUUCCAUGUUCAAGCCCUACAACUUACGCACUGACCGUCGCCCGAGGUCUCAGUACCCCCAGAGGGAUGGUGGCAUACAGAUCACUACUACCUCUGUGGUACAUCAUGAUAAUUCUAUGGAUGCCCUCGAGCUGGAACCUGUCAAAUCUUCGAAUAUCGCAAGUCUUGAGGAGAAAAAUAAAACGGAAGAUGGCUAUAAGCUUACAAUAACAGAUUUCAGGAGCGGGGAUACAGCUGUGUAA